UUUCGUAGAAGAUACAGUUCCGUCAAGAAGGUAUUAUAUUUUGUUAUCAGUAAUCAAUAUGGGAUAUCAAAAUUUAACGGAAAUAUACGUCAAUACGAAUUCAACUAUGACUCAACGGGACCAGUUUCACAGCUUUUAUAUAGUUACUCGCAGAUUUACAGGAUUGGUAUUAUAUCCGAUCGUCAGCCUCUUUGGUCUUUUGGCCAAUGCAUUUGGUGUUAUUGUUUUUACAAGAAGAGGAAUGCGAACUCCUACAAAUGUUUUCUGUAUAGCACUUGCUGCAACCGAUUCAACUAAAAUCAUAAAUGAUAUACUGUAUUUCGUUGUUGUUCUGAUCACUGAGAUACCUGGAGCAGAUUGGAAGAGAAUAUUUAUUUCGUUAUAUCCAGUUACUCAUUACGUGUUUCACACAACUAUGAUGUCUGCUGCACUUUUAACAGUUGCAAUUGCCAUAGAAAGAUAUGUCGAAGUUUGUCAUCCGUACAAGGCAAGAUCAGUGUGUACAAUUACUUUAGCUGCGUCAACUUCAAUCUGUAUUUUGUUUUUUUCAAUCCUGAUGUCAAUUCCAUAUGCCUGUAAGUAUACCGUAUCCGAUCAUGAAACGAAUGGCACAAUGGUAGAUCUAGAUCUAACUGUAACAAAGUUGUGGGUAAAAGGCCCCUUUGCUAUUAGUUUUACCUGGGUACAUUAUGUUCUGCGAUCCCUUUUGCCGCUCGUUUUAUUAAUUGGGUUCAGUGCACGUAUUAUAUAUGCCUUACGUAGCCACCGCUUGGGAAAUUCUAAGAAAAGAAUAACUGUUUGUAUUUUAGCUGUUAUAGCGGUGUUUGCAAUGUGCAAUUUUCCAGAUACGAUCAUGUCAACAAUACUUAAUACUGGUUAUUAUGAGGCAUCAUACUUAGUUCGGGGUUUUCGAGAGAUCACAGACUUUUUCCUUUUACUUCAAACAACAACUAACAUUGUCAUAUAUUGUACUUUAAAUAGGAGUUUUAUUAAGACUUCGAAAGUGUUAAUAAAAAAAUGGAAUUGUUGCAAUCGCAGAGUAAGCUUUGAUGACAAACCUAAAGAACAAAUACCACUUCGGCGAUACACAGUUGACAGUCUGUUAUCGUAACUUGUGAUCCACACCAUAAGGGGACAAAUUCAAGUCUUAUUAUUUGUAUGCUUAUAGAUAUGUUAUUUGCCAGCAGUCCGUCAUAAUUAUUUGCCAUAUUCAGUGUUAACAUAUUGCGAAUCCUGAAAUAUCAAUUUUUACUGUAUCUGCCAUGCAGAAUGAUAACUAUAUAGACGAAACAUUAAAGAUUUUUAAAAUACAAUAACAGAUAAUAUAUCAAAAUAAUUGUUAUUUAAUGUAUGACACAGGCAAGCAGAGCAGACGGGUUCAUAUCGCCCGCUACAGUCAUCCAGAUAUG